AUGGCGCCUCAUUUUUCCGAAAAGUCUGGAAAGCUUCGCCAAACCGCUGCACCCGGAUAUCACCAACCUGCUUCUAGCCAUGGCGACUCUUCCGAUCCCGAAACCCGUCCCCUCGAAAAGGCACAUAACGAGCUCGCAACUCCUCCCAAGACGCCCAAUGCCGAUGACAUCUACGCCCACCUCUCAGAUCAUGCCGCCGACAUUUUAAGGAAACAGGUCGACGUGCCUACCUUGACCAAAGGCGCCGGCGUUCUUUACCGCUACGCCUCCCGCAAUGACAAGAUCAUCAUCUUCAUCUCCGCUAUUUGCGCCAUUGCCUCUGGUGCUGCUCUACCCCUCAUGACCGUCAUCUUUGGAAAUCUACAGCGCGUCUUCCGUGAAUUCUUUUUUGGCUCAAUGACGUAUGAUGGCUUCGUCGCCGAACUUACCAGAUAUGUCCUCUACUUUGUCUACCUCGGUAUUGGCGAAUUCAUCGUAACCUACAUCUGCACCGUUGGCUUCAUCUACACUGGUGAGCACAUCUCCGCCAAAAUUCGCGAGCACUACCUUGCGGCCUGCAUGCGACAAAAUAUUGGCUACUUUGACAAGCUCGGUGCUGGCGAGGUCACCACCCGCAUCACCGCAGACACCAAUCUUAUCCAGGAUGGUCUCUCUGAAAAGGUCUCUCUCACCAUUGCCGCACUUGCCACAUUUGUUACCGCUUUUGCCAUUGCUUUUAUCAAUUACUGGAAGCUCACCCUCAUCCUCUCCGCUACCUUUUUUGCUCUUGUCCUUAACAUUGGCCUCGGUUCCAGUGUCAUGCUCAGGCACAACAAGGCCUCCCUCGAGUCCUACGCCGAGGGUGGCUCUAUUGCCGAAGAGGUCUUCAGUUCUAUCCGCAAUGCUAUUGCAUUUGGCACCCAGGAGCGCCUUGCCAAGAAAUACGACAAGUACCUGGCCAAGGCCGAAUACUUUGGUUUUCGUGUCAAGUGCGCCAUGGCUGUCAUGGUUGGUGGUAUGAUGCUCAUUCUCUUCCUCAACUAUGGCCUGGCCUUCUGGCAGGGCAGCAAGUUCAUCGUGGCCGGCGUUGUCCCCAUCAACAAGAUUCUCACCAUCAUGAUGUCCGUCAUGAUUGGUGCUUUCCAGCUCGGCAACGUUGCCCCCAACUUACAAGCCUUUACCACGGCUGUAGCUGCUGCCGCCAAGAUUUUCAACACCAUUGACCGCCCUUCUCCUCUCGACCCCUCCAGCGAGGACGGCAUCAAGAUCGACAACAUCAUGGGCAACAUUCGCCUCGAAAACAUUUCCCACAUUUACCCUUCUCGCCCCGAGGUUCGCGUCAUGUCCAAUGUCAGUCUCAUCAUCCCUGCUGGCAAGACAACUGCUCUUGUUGGCGCUUCCGGUUCUGGAAAGAGCACCAUUGUCGGUCUCGUUGAACGUUUCUAUUCUCCUGUCAACGGUAGAAUAUACCUCGAUGGCAUCGACAUAUCCACGCUCAACCUCAAGUGGCUCCGCCAGCAAAUGGCUCUUGUCAGUCAGGAACCCACCCUGUUCGGAACAACUAUUUUCAAUAACAUCGGCCACGGCUUGAUUGGAACAGCUGCUGAGUACGAGACGGAAGAAAAACGCCGCGAACUCAUCAUCGAGGCCGCCAAGAUGGCGAAUGCCCAUGACUUUAUUUCUAGCCUACCUGAAGGUUACGAUACCAACGUUGGUGAACGCGGCUUCCUCCUCUCCGGUGGUCAGAAGCAGCGUAUUGCCAUUGCCCGCGCCGUCGUCUCAGACCCCAAGAUUCUGCUGCUCGACGAGGCUACUUCUGCUCUCGAUACCAAGUCGGAAGGUGUUGUCCAGGCCGCCCUUGAAAGGGCCGCAGCUGGUCGAACGACCAUCACUAUCGCUCAUCGUCUCUCCACCAUCAAGGAUGCCCACAACAUUGUCGUCAUGUCCGAAGGUAAAAUCAUUGAGCAAGGCAGCCACGACGAUCUCAUUGAGAAGCGAGGUGCCUACUUCAACCUUGUAUCCGCCCAGAACAUUGCCGCCGCCGAAGAGCUUACUGCCGAGGAACAGGCUCAGCUUGAUGAGGAAGAAUUGGCACUCAUUCGCGAGAAGUCCACCAACCGUGCCUCAGUCUACGGCGGAAACCGGACCUCCAUCUACGGUGCGGACCUUGAUGACAACAUUGCCGACAAGCUGAGGCGGCAGUCGACCCGAAAGUCCGUCUCUAGCAUGAUUUUGCAGCAGCCCAACCCGGUGGGCGAGCGUGAGCAGAAGGACAGUCUUGGGACCCUGAUCAAGCUCAUUGCCUCGUUCAAUCGACCCGAAUGGAAGCGGAUGCUCUUUGGUUGUGUCUUUAGCAUUAUCUGCGGUGGUGGCAACCCGACCUCGGCCGUCUUCUUCGCCAAACAAAUCACCACGCUCUCCGUGCCCAUUACCCCCGCGAAUCAAGACCAGGUCAAGCGCGACUCGGAUUUUUGGAGCUCCAUGUUUGUGAUGCUGGCCUUUGCUCAAUUCAUAGCCUUUAGUGUCCAGGGCGUUACUUUCGCCUUGUGCUCGGAGCGCCUUGUCCAUCGUGUCCGCGACCGCGCAUUCCGAGUCAUGCUCCGCCAGGAUGUCGCCUUUUUUGACCGUGAGGAGAAUACUGCCGGUGCCCUGACCUCGUUUCUCUCUACUGAAACCACACAUGUUGCUGGUAUCAGCGGCGUGACGCUGGGCACGAUUCUCCUCACCGCCACUACCUUGAUUGCUGCCUGUACUGUAUCCCUCGCUAUUGGCUGGAAACUCUCGCUCGUCUGCAUCUCGACUAUCCCUGUCCUUCUUGGAUGCGGGUUCUUCCGCUUCUGGCUUCUUGCUCACUUCCAGCGGCGAUCCAAGGCUGCUUACUCUUCGUCUGCCUCGUAUGCUUCGGAAGCUAUCUCUGCCAUCCGCACUGUUGCCUCGCUCACUCGGGAGAAGGAUGUCCUUGCUCUCUACCAGGAGUCUCUUGCCGAGCAACAGCGCCGCAGUCUCAUUUCAGUCGCCAAGUCUAGUGCUCUGUACGCUGCCUCUCAGUCGCUCGUGUUCCUUUGCCUCGCUCUUGGUUUUUGGUAUGGAGGUACCCUUAUCGGCAAGCGCGAAUACUCCAUGUUCCAAUUCUUCCUGUGCUUCAUGUCCAUCGUCUUUGGCGCCCAGUCUGCCGGCACCGUCUUCUCUUUCGCCCCGGAUAUGGGCAAGGCCCACGGCGCCGCCCAGGAGCUCAAGAUUCUAUUUGACCGCCAACCCGCCAUCGACACAUGGUCUAACGAAGGCGAGCCUGUCACCCACGUUGAAGGCACUCUUGAGUUCCGCGAUGUGCAUUUCCGCUAUCCCACACGUCCUGAGCAACCCGUCCUGCGCGGCCUCAACCUUACUGUCAGGCCCGGCCAGUACAUUGCCCUUGUCGGUGCUUCUGGCUGCGGUAAGAGUACGACCAUUUCGCUGCUCGAGCGUUUCUACGACCCUCUGUCUGGCGGUGUGUAUGUCGACGGCAAAGAAAUCAGCACGCUCAACGUCAACGACUACAGAUCAUUCAUUGCUCUUGUCAGCCAAGAGCCUACUUUAUACCAGGGUAGUAUCAAGGAGAAUAUUAUUCUGGGCACUUCCCGUGAGAAUGUGACGGAUGCAGAGUUGGAGCAUGUCUGUCGUGAAGCCAACAUUUAUGACUUUAUCGUGUCGCUACCCGAUGGCUUCAAUACGACUGUGGGAAGCAAGGGUGCCCUACUGUCUGGCGGGCAAAAGCAGCGUAUUGCUAUUGCCCGUGCCCUGAUUCGUGACCCAAAGAUUCUGCUCCUUGAUGAGGCCACAUCAGCCCUCGACUCGGAGUCUGAAAAGGUUGUGCAGGCUGCACUGGACAAGGCAGCCAAGGGUCGCACAACCGUGGCAGUUGCCCACCGUCUAAGCACUAUCCAAAAGGCGGAUAUCAUUUACGUGUUUGACCUGGGUCGGAUUGUCGAGCAGGGUACGCACUCGGAGCUGAUGCGUAAAAACGGUCGUUACGCGGAACUUGUCAAUCUGCAAAGUCUUGUCAAGUCGGGUUAA